ACAAAUAUUAAAAACAUCUACAAUGGAAACGACCUUGCUGGAAGACGAUGUCGUCGUGUACUAGUUGUUCAUUUUCUUCUUCCCUUCUCCUGGUGAAUCCUCCGCCGAGAGCUUCCCGCAACGACAUCCGUCGAAGCCUAAGGAUGUCACUCAACAACGACAACAACAAUUCAAACUUCACAUCUUCAUCGCUGCUCAAUUCAGUCACAAAAUUGCUGUGGGGACAGUCUCUUCCGCCGGGAAUCCUCGUCGCCUCGGUGCGCACGGCCUGGAACUCCGCGUGGGGGCUCAUGAUGUCCCAGCUCGCUCCCUCCGACUCCUCCGGCGGGUAUUCGAGGCCCGCAUCCAAAUUCCGAAUCUUGGGUUCUCUUUCUCCGGGCACCCUCCACCUGUACGUGGGCCUGGCGUGCCCGUGGGCCCACCGGACUCUGAUAGUGCGGGCAUUGAAGGGGUUGGAAGAGGCGGUGCCCGUGUCGGUUGCGUCGCCGGGGAUGGACGGGUCGUGGGAGUUCAAAGGGGUGGGCGGGGCUCAUUUGGGUUCGAUUGGGCCAAGUUUGGAUAAGGCGAACGGUUGCAGAACGUUGAAGGAAGUUUAUGGGCUUGGUAGAGGUGGGUAUGAUGGGAGAUCGACGGUGCCAAUGUUGUGGGAUAAAGGUUUGAAGAACGUUGUGUGCAACGAGAGUUACGAUAUUAUUCAGUUGUUUAACUCCGGGUUGAAUGGCGUGGCAGGGAAGCCCGAGUUGGAUCUAUCGCCACCUGAAUUGAAGGAAGAGAUUGAGGAAUGGUAUCGAAUCAUAUAUCCGAAUGUGAAUAACGGGGUUUAUAGGUGUGGGUUUGCGCAGAGCCAAGAAGCGUAUGAUAGAUCGGUGAAUGAAUUGUUUUGUACACUUGACAGGUUGGAGGAUCACUUGGCCAAUUCCCGCUACUUGUGUGGAGAUCAAUUCACCCUUGUGGAUGUUUGUCUGUUUACCACUCUCAUUCGCUUUGAUCUUGCGUAUAAUGUUUUGUUUAAAUGCACCAAGAAGAAGCUAUCUGAGUAUGCCAAUCUUCAUGCCUACAUGCGUGACAUUUAUCAGAUUCCCAAGGUGGCAGCUACUUGCAAUUUUACAGAAAUUAUGGAUGGUUACUACAAAACCCUUUUUCCUUUGAACCCAGGGAGCAUCAGACCGGUCAUGCCUUCUACUUCUGACCACCAAUUCCUUUACAAGCCUCAUGGAAGAGAAUCGCUGUCAUCAGCUACACCAGCCAUCUUUUUGUAUUAGUUAAACAACAUACAUGUUUCUUUCCAUUACUGCAAGUGUAUAGCACUUCUACAGUUACAUGAAUCAUUCAGUUUAUAGUUG